CUCAUCAAGGAAAGAGGGAGCAGGCAACUGACAGCCAGUUGAGAGAGAAGCAAAGUCUAUGUAGUAACAGCCUGGAAACAGGAUAUGCUAGAAUAAGAGACCUUCAAGCAAACUCACCUGGAACGACACUGUUCACAGAAAACGGCAAAGCUUAAAAAUGCCACUUUUUGGCUGGAUGAAGUGGUCAAAAAAUGAUUCCUACAAACCCACAAGAUACUCUGGGUCAGAAGUAGUUACAAAAACCCUACUGAGGGAACUGAAAUGGCACCUGAAAGAACGCGAACGACUAGUGCAAGAGAUUGAGAAUGAACAAAAAGUCCAAAAGACUGGCAUGGAUUACAACUGGCUACCAAAGAACUACCAAAACCCUCAAGCAACAAUUCCAGCUACUGAGCAACGGCAGCUUGAAGUUCUGUGUUCACAAAUCCAGCCUUGCCAAAUGGGAACUGUUCUCAGCAGAUUUCGUGAAGUUUUGGCAGAAAAUGAUGUUUUACCCUGGGAAAUAGUCUACAUAUUCAAGCAAGUUUUAAAAGAUUUUCUUACCACCAUCGAGAGAGAAAAUCAACAAGACCAACUGGUAGAUGCAUGGAAUACAAAUUGCUCUGAACAUUUCAGCCUGCGUGGAGACAGUUCUAACAAAUCGGACAAAGAUGAAAUCCCCACGGUUUCAAGUUACGUCGACAAAAACACACAAAGCAUGUUUCCCACUUUCUCUCAUAGAAUCUGGAAUCUACCCUAUUACUACCCAUCAAGUUAAGUUGGUUUGUGUUUCUUUCAAAAAGCUAUGUAGACGUUUGCAUUCCUUUCUUGUGAUUGCCAUCCCCAAACACAGGAAUAAGAAAUGUGACAUGCUCCCCUUUUUUCCAAGUUCAGAAAUGAAAAUGCUUGAUUAUAGCUAGUAUGCAAUAUACAAAAUUUAACUAUGAACUCUCCUUUUGUCUUUAUAGUAAAGAUGUUGUGUUUGAAGGCACCUUUUAACCAAAAAUGUAAUGUUUCUGAAAACGGCCUCUGAAGUAUUUUAUUUUUUAGCCAUAUACAGCUAGAUUUAUUUA